CCAGUCGCUAGCUCAUCUCACCGAUAUAUCCAUUCACCAUUCUUGAAUUCCUCUUUGGAAGAGGCCUGUUUGCUGCCAUGAUUCCGAGGUCUCCGAGCCUCUUCCAGAUCGAGGAGGGCGCCGCGGACCAGCAGGCGACGGCGCCAUUGCCGGCGUCCGGCGAGCUCGUGGGGCUCCGGCUGAUCAUACAGCCGUCGUCGGCGGCGAGGCAGCAACGACACCACCGGCCGCCGCUGGCCGUGCUCAGGAGGUCAUCCUGCACGCCGGCGGCGAGCGCGUCGUCAUCCAAUUGCCAACUUAAUCAGAGUGGCGGCGCAAGGGGGCUCGUGGGGCUGGAGUUCCUCAAGUGCUGCCUCUCCUGCCGCCGGAAGAUCGACGCCGCCAUGGACGUCUUCGUGUACAAGGGAGAGCAGGCGUUCUGCAGCGCCGAGUGCCGGUGCCGGCAGAUUGCGGCGGAGGAGCGGCGGGAGAUCGAGGCCUUGGUCAGGAAGCGCCGCGACGCGUUCCACAGCCGGCGUGCAGCGCCGGCGGGUAAGAUCGGAGGACCGUCGGAUCGCCACGCGAGGGUGCAGAUCUCAAGUUUUUGCUAGCUAGUUCCGCAGUGUGCAGGGAGAAAAGGAAUUUACGAGUAUGAGGACAAAUAUGCAGUCCUAGGCUGAUAGGCUCCUGCCCCGCUCGUGUCAUGUGUCCAUUCUGGUACAACCAGGAUUUUCGACUUGGAUGCGUAGUUUCAUGAUGUAUUAAAAUUUGUUAGAAUAAGGUUUUGAUCCAGAACGUAUAUGACCACGAUUUUUUUUUGGCAGCAUAUAUGACCACGGUUACUAGAAGGUCUUUGACACAUAGGUUAACUUUAUGUUGUUUGGCAUUUGUGGAAUGAGAGAAAUAGGACAAUUUUUGAAAGUA